GCAUUUACCUAUAGUUAUAAUCAGAAAUUAAAUAAUGUUUAUUUUUAUAUUGCCGAUAGCAAAAACACGUUGAAAUAUUGGAAAAAAAGGCAUACCUUGUUUUCCAAAUUUGACGAUGGAAUUUUGAUGGACGAGGAGAGCUUUUAUUCGGUCUGCCCCGAAAAGCUCUGCGCUUAUAUGGCCGAACAAUGUGGCAGAGUUAAAGUGGCCGUAGACCCGUUUUGCGGCGCCGGAGGGAACGUAAUUCACCUUGCACGUAGAUUCGACAAAGGUACUGUAAUAUUUUUUGCAUUAAAAAUAAAUAAAACCGUUUUCGUAGAAAUAAAAUGAGAAAACAUAUUAUCUCUACUUAAUUGUAAUUACCGAAAUAUAAAAAUUGUAUACAAUGUAUAGAUGUAUGUACUUCUCAUAAUACUAAGAAGUAAGUCAAAAUCGUUUCAAGUCACCUCGAUUGACGGUAUAAUAAUUUAUUAUUUAUGUUUGAAUUCAUUAGAACGAUGCCGUAUCAGACGUUGCUCCCAAACCGGUCGACAUCCACC